AUGUCUUCAGCUUCAUCUACACUUCACUCCGGUCCUGGUAAAGACUCAUCAGACGGUCGAGGACUCGGAGGAGAGCUUGUAACCCCGGAGGAUAAUAGCCCUCGUUUCGCCAGACUGCAGUUGAGGAAAAGUCGGCUCAGAGGGUCAACUGGCCCUGGCUUAUCUGAGGACGACCCUAUCGUCUUGGUCAUUUCGGGGCUAGAUCAUGAUGAAAAUUUAUCAAGAAGUGAACAUAAUGCAUUUUGCCUGGCAGUUUACUACCGCCUUUAUAAGGAAGAGGGUGCAGUGGCUUCAAAGACUUCUUUUGAUUCGGAGGAGUUUUCCUUGGGUCGCAUCAACAUCCUUUCGGUUGCUCCACCUCGAACAGUGGCUCGCUUGAAGUCCCGGGUUAUGCAGGCUGAAGGCUUGUCAUCCUUUUGGUACAACAUUCAGCUGUUCAAAGAUAUAGAUGGCGAGGUGCCGAUGAACGGCAAUGACCCUGUCUGUCAUCCGCAGGCGUACAACUAUCCGGGUUGCGUCGCUGAUGAGCCCAUUACAAUCAUCUAUGAACAUCAUGAUGAAGCCUGGGAUCGGUAA